AUGACUGAGGUCGGGCACGCCGAUUUAUCGCGGCUGCUUCAAUCAAAGCGCAAUGAGUGCCAUGCAAUUGUAACUUCGCGCAAGAGGAAGCUUCGCGAACUGUUCGCGGUCGCGACCCAGACCCAGCCGCUCCCCCAGCAAGCCCAUGCACUCCCCGACGCGCCCAUUGCCACUACCGCCGAGUGGCAAUUCCUGCACAAAAACGAUAUUCUGCAGGAGAGAAUCUUUGACGAGUCAACUAUUCCGCAGCGACCAGCACAAUCCGUUGAAGCCUUGAAGCGAUCCAUCUCGGCUCAACUCGCCGCUGCCAAUUCUCCUGCAAAUUCCCCAGUUGCCACGACUCCUGGAACAUCGAAUUCGACAACCUCAGCGCGAUCAACACCUGGUGUACAGAGCCCAGCCAACAUACAAAAUGGAGCCAGGCCUGCCGUCACGACCCAGCUCUCUGCUGCUGCGCCUGUUGCGCGUGCUCAGAACCAUGCAAGCCAACGCGCCGAUGCCUCAAGACGACCUAGCCAAGUUUCAUUCCCUCCUGGCACCAAAGGAUCGCCUUCCUUGACUCCCACCCCCGUCACAAACGGAGUUCCUGCGGUUGCGCCUGCGGCUGAUGGUUCGUUGAGCAUCAAGUUGCCCCCUGAUGCGGCAAAAGUUACUGAUGCCAUGUCUUCUCCGGGCUCAACAGCGGCCAGCGCGACGACUACGGCGGCGCAUGACGUUUCUGCCAACACCAGCCCAGAUCACGAAGGUCCUCGGUCACCCGAAGUCGAACAACAACCCGCGCAAGCUGCCCUCAAGCCCGAAACGAAACAAAUCGCUACUGGCCAGAAGCCACAAACGUCCGACGAAGAUCAAUUGUUGCAAGAGUCCAUUCGGUCCGCUGCUGCAUCGGGCUCAGAAGAUGAAGUAUCAGCGACAACGGCCCCAAGCUCGAAGCCGCAGACAACUAUAUCUGUACCUUCUGCCAAAGAGGUUCCUGACAGCCAAGACGAGGCGGAUAAAAUGGAUGUCGACGAGCAAGAAACGAUCAAGGAUUCAAUCGACGUUAACCCGACACCACCUCUGCUUACUCCACAAACAACAAGAGAAACCGUGCCUGCAGAGCGUGCCGUUACGAGAGUCUCCUCGGGUGCUAUGAGACUCAAGUCUGUGAAUGAAAUCGUUGGCGCCACCCCCCUCACCCCAUCCGCUUCUGCACCCGCAUCACCAGCGGCGAGAUCUAAAUCACGAAAGGAUCGCAGCAAGGGACAAGCCUCCACAGUUCUAUUCGGCAAGCAACCCAAGCGUGUCGAAGACAAGUCCCUCGCCCCAGGUCAAAAGGAACAGUUUCAUCCCUUUGACGACUAUUACACUCCACUCUUCAUCCAAAACUUCACCGGCGCAACCAACUGGAUGCAACCUAUCGAAAAAAUCUUGUUUCACGCCAACAAGACGAUCGGUACUUCGGAUGCAAACCUCGCAAUCCUGGAUAAUCAAGCCUGCAAGGUGCUACGUAGGGUGUAUCAUCUGCAGCAGCAUGACAAGUGGUCGUUGCGACAGCUUAAACGAUGCCCGGAGCCGACGCGACCUAGUUCGCACUGGGAUCUGAUGCUCCAAGAGAUGAAAUGGAUGAGAACAGAUUUUAGAGAGGAGCGCAAGUGGAAAAUGACGGUAGCCCGCAAUUUAGCAUAUGCUUGUGUUGAAUGGCAUGAGUCGAAUGCUGAAGAUCGACUUGCCCUGCAGGUCGUCGCGCGUAUACCACCCAAACCUUGCGUCGAUGGACAAGAUACGCAAAUGGGUGAUGACGAGGCCGCAGCGGCAGAAAACCAUCCCACGCCUGACCUCGAGCCGUCGGGCGAUCUCGACACGCCUCUGCACGACGAUAUCUCUGAGGGGUUUGUGGAAACUGUCGCGCCAUCGGCCAUCUUUUCACUGCAGGAAGACGAUGUUGUCUUUGGCCUUCGACGAACACAAGCGGCCCAACAGCUCUUGAACGAACUCCCUCUCUAUGGCGCUCCUCUAAAGGUCCCCCCGACAGACCUCGGCAACCCAGAACUAGACCCUGAUGCGCAUUGGCGCCGGCCUGCUCUACCUCUGAGCAAAUUCGUUGAAGGGGAGAUGAGGGUCGUCACAAAAGGCCCCCCGCUCAAGCGCGGCCGAUUUAACUUUCGCAACGAAGAUUCGGAUGAUGAGGGUGACAGCACGUUUGCUGCUGACCCAACAGUCAAUUACGCCGGGACUGAUGACAUGGUUAGCAAUGUCGCGUUAUUCAAUCCUGAAUCGAAGGCUAUUCGAGACAGGUUGCAUGCGGGUCAUCAAUUCCGACCUCCUUCGGAACACCCCAUGCCUAUGCAAUCGUUCUACGAGUGCCGCAGUGCCUCACAGUGGACAAUCAGUGAAGAUGACGAUCUGAGAGGUCUUGUGCGCGACUACUCGUAUAACUGGUCACUAAUAUCGUGCAUGCUUUCUACAAGAUCCUCUUUCAUCUCCGGGCCAGAGCGACGCACCCCCUGGGAAUGUUUCGAGCGAUGGAUUAAUCUUGAGGGGUUGCCAGCUGAUAUGCAGAAGACGCAGUACUUCAAGGCCUACAGUACCAGAAUUGAAGCGGCCCAGCGUGUCAUUGCUCAGCAGAACCAGAUUGCGGCGCAGCAAGCUAGUGCAGCUGGUAACAACAUGCCUGCUCCUCGCAGAAGACCUUCCGUCCCGGUUCGAGUCGAACGACGCAGGAACCAGAAGCACCUGACUCUCAUCGACGCAAUGAGGAAGCUCGCAAAGAAACGAGAGACAGCGCAGCAGAAGCAGCAACACGCAGCCUCACAGAAUGCAGUCAAAAAAGCUGCAGAGACUGUUACACAGCGACCAUCGAAGACGCCCAGGGACUACAGUCUUAUGAGAUUCGAGCGUGACCAGGCGUUGGCAGAGAAGAUGGCGCAGUACGCAGCUCGCCAAGAGGCAUCGCGGCGAGCUCAAAUCCAGGCUAGAGCCCAAACCCAGGCAGUACAAAUGGCAGGAGCAGCCCAAGCCGCCCAGCCAAACCAAGCCGCAGCUCAGGCUGCGGCCGCUGCGGCAGCUGGUGUGGCUCAAUCCGGUGCCCAGCGUCCCGAGGUUCCACCGCACAUGGUGGCAGCCGCUGCCGCCGCAGCCGCCGGCCAGCGUCCAAGGAUGCCGUCGCAAUCCGGUGUGAACGGCGCUCCCCAAGCUGCACCUAGCCUGCCGUCGCAGAUGAGCCCUGCCAUGGUUGCUGCCGCUGCACAAAUGAAGGGAAUACCGGCCGCGCAACUGCAAGCUGCUCUGCAAGCACAAGCUCAGCAACACAGAAUGCCCAUGCCUAACCAGCAGGCCGAUACGAAUCUGAUGUUGCGGGCGCAGCAAAUUUCCAACCAGCAGCGCGCGGUUGUGCAAAUUCAGCAACAACAACAGGUCCACCACCAGCAACAACGGCCUAAUGCUGCUGUUCCGCAGAACGGACAGGGCUCACCACCGAUGCACAAUGGUAUGAACGGCAUCAAUCAGCAACCUUUCAUGAACAACGCUCAGGCUAUGAUGGCUACGUACAACACCAACAACGCCAAUCGUAACGGAGGUGCUGGGAGCGGCAUGCACUUGCAAAACGGCGUCCCCAACGGCUCUCCUGGUCCUCGAAUUCCUACACAGUUGCCGCCAAACAUUGCUCUGCAGCUCAGUCAACUAGAAGCCCAGUUCCGGGCAAAGAAUCCAAGCUUGACGCCUGAACAAUCCCGACAGCUGGCCACGGAACACCUUACGAGGGCCAUGAUGGCGCAGCGACAGUCGGCCCUUAACGCUGCUGCAGGCGUGACUGUCCAACCUGGCCUAGCUAAUAGUAUUGCUGCUACGACGAGCCCUCACCAGUACGCUGCUUUGCUUCGCCAACAGCAGCAGCAGCAAGCAGCAGCAGCAGCCGCGUCGCAGCAAAAGCAGCAGCAACAGCAGCAGCAAACCUCCCAGCAGGCCCAGCAGGUCCAACAGCAGCACCAGCAGCAACCACAACAACAGCAGCAGGCCCAAGUCCAGCAACUUUCUGGAAAUAAUGCGGUCGGCAGUCCUCUGCCACCAGCUGUUCACCAGCGUCAAUCCAGCGGCAGUGCGACGCCAUCGUCAACGGGCAAGUGA